AUGUCAGACAAAGAAUUUGGUGGCAAUGACGACCUGUCGCUCCCCAAGGCGACGGUGCAGAAGAUAAUUUCCGAAAUCCUCCCUCAACUUCCCCAUGACAACUCUGCCGCUGGCAAAGAUGGCGAAAUGACCUUUACGCGGCCGGCGCGGGAUCUCUUGAUUUCAUGUUCGCUUGAAUUCCUGCGAAUGUUGUCCUCGGAGUCCAACGAUAUCUCUGAGCGCGAAUCCAAAAAGACCAUAAGCGUCGAGCACGUUGAGCAGGCCCUGACCGAUCUCGGUUUCGGCAGCUACAUUGAAGGAUGCCGUGGAGUUGUCGGCGAAUGGCAAGAGGUCCAAAAGAAGAGAGUCGGUAGAGGCGAGAAAAUGAGGAAUUUCGGUGGCUUCGACAAGAUGGGUGAAGAGGAACUACGAAAGAUGCAAGAGGCUCUAUUGGGCGAGGCACGAGGAAGAAUGGAAGGCCAAGGUGACGCCCAAGAAUGA